AUGACAAAUAAUGCUGCAUUAGCUGAGGCCAUCCGCAUGUUGGCUGAGAAUUUGAAUCAGAAUCGAGCUGACCAACUUGAUCCCCAUGCUGAGAUGUUUAAGAAGUUAGCCCAAGUUAGGCCACCAGUUUUCAAGGGAGGUGCUGAUCCUACCUUCUUGGAAAACUGGAUUCGAGAGUUUGAUAAGCUAUUUGUGGCACUGAAUUGUCCUGAGGGUAUGAAAGUUGAUCAAGCUGCUAUGUACCUUAAGGAUGAGGCUGAUAUCUGGUGGAGAGAUAAUGCUGAAAUAAUUAAGGCCAAACCAAACUUUCGGUGGGAAGUGUUUAAAACUGCAUUGAGGGAUAAGUUUUACCCCCCAUUUUUGAAGAAACAGAAGGCCCAGGAGUUCAUUAACUUGGAGAUGGGCCGAAUGUCAAUUUCGGAAUACUAUAAUAAGUUUAUGACCCUUGCUAGGUUUGCCCCUGAGGUUGUCCCGACUGAGGAACUGAAGGCUCAGAGAUUUGAACAGGGAUUGACCAAACAGUUGCAGAAAGACCUAGUUGGGAAAGUCUUUAAGACCCUAGAUAAGGUCGGAGAGAAGAGGAAGGACUUUGGGAACUCUGAAAACCAAGGUCACUUCAAGAAGUUUAAGGAUGGGGGCUCAUCUGAGAGGAAUAACCAGAAUGUUAGUAGGUUUUCUAACGCUAACAAUGGAGAGAGGGAGUUCAACUGCAAGAGGUGUAGGAGAAACCACCUUGGGAGAGACUGUGAGGGGAAUCUGGUGACUUGUAGCAUCUGUAACAAGAAGGGGCAUAGAGAGUACGAAUGUUAUACCAAGCAGAACCAACUAGGAAACGGUGGGAAUAGUGGGAAUACCCAACAGAGACCCAACAAUUUUCAUAACCAGGGAAGUAGGGACAAUGGUCAGAAUGGGAAGUUCGGUAAUGGUAACAGUAAUGGCAGCCACAGACCUGGAAAUGGCAACAACAACUCAGGCAAUGGCAACAAUGGUCACCAAGGGAAGAGCAACGCUCCCGGGCGCUUGUCUGUGAUGAGCAAAGGAGAGGCUGAAAGGUCCUCAAAUGUAGUCACUGGUACUUUUUCUAUUCACUCUGUUUCUGUCAAAGCCUUGUUUGAUUCUGGAGCAACUUACUCUUUCAUCUCUACUUCUGUUGUACGCAAAUUAAACUUAUCUGAGUCGAGUCAUGUCAAUAUGUCAGUCAGUCUGCCUACUGGCAAACUUGUUCAUUGUAAUAGGUUAUUCAAAGGCUUGCCUUUGAAAAUAGGAGAGGCUGUUUUUCCAUCGAAUCUUAUUGAGUUUAAUUUGGGGGACUUGGAUGUCAUUCUGGGAAUGGACUGGCUAAGCUUAUACAAGGCCAAGAUAGACUGUGAGAUACAGAGAGUGCACCGAGUGAUCCUUUGGGAGGGAAUAUCAGUAGAUCCUGCAAAUAUCAAGGCGGUGAGUGAGUGGCCUACUUCUAAGAAUGUGGCUAAUGUUCGUAGUUUCUUGGGAUUAGCAGGGUAUUAUAGAAGGUUCUUAAAGACUUUUUGA